UGUGUCUUAAACCAUUUAUUACAUAGGACUGGUCGAUAAGUAACUCUUCCAUGGUACCUACUUCCAUUAUAACACCAGAGUACGAACGGAAGCACAUUUUGGACUACAACACUCAGCUCCCCGUGCAUCCCACUGAAAUGUGUAGAAGUUGACGGCUAUUGUGGCAAAGCUCAUUUUGUUAGCAUGUUGUACGAUACUCAGCAGCCAGGGAACAUAGAAUAAAUAAUGCUAGUUUGACGAUUUUAAGUGAAUUCGUGGCGACGAAAUAGUGACGAUGAUCCAUGGAACAUCGGUUGCUAUGAUAACGCCCGACGUCGGCAAGGAGGAUUUAUAGCAAGGCGUUGCAUUGACGCUGCCACAAGCAGCCUGGUGACGCUCGCCUUUUCUCAGACUUGAAAGCUCAAGUUGCCAAAAGUUUCAAAUUAGACCUAUGCAGAUUGUGUACGUACCAAGUAUCCGUAGUCACUGCUUCGUUCAACAAAAUAUCCCUUUCAGCCAAGAAAUUGCUGCAAGUUGACGUACAUCUUGUGAUAUUGUGUUUUCCUUUUCCUAAGCAAUGGAGUUCACUGAAAGGGAUGAUAUGGACAUCGUUGAUUGUGAGUUUGAACAUAUUCUGAACUUAACUGUGCCUGCUGAUGCAGCAGAGUAUGUGGUCGCUAUCACCGAACAGCUUGGUAUCAUCAUAGGCAUGCUAGCGGUGUUAGCUUUUGGGUUACCAGGCAACUUGGCGUUCCUCUUCGUGGUCUACAAGAUCCCACAUAUGCGUACCGUCACUAAUUUCUUCCUGGCUAAUUUAGCCGUUGCUGAUAUCCUAUUCUUGGUGGUCACCGUCUUUAUGUAUGUCAUCUACUUGGGGGCUGGUCCUGUCCGCAGUGAUUACAACGUUGCAAGAAUCUUCAGCUGCGUAGGGGUGUUCUUUGUGCCCCAUAUCACUUAUUUCACCUCCAUCUGCUGUGUGACUGUGGUUUCAUUGGAGCGAUACUAUGCCAUAUGUAAGCCCAUCCAACACCGAGCUAUGAACACCAAAACCAGAGCUAAGCGGUUAGUGUUGACAUCAUGGAUGGUACCGGCCAUUCUGACGGCUAUAGCCAUGCCAAAAUACGGCCAGUUGUACAUGUCUUGUAUCAUUUGGCCUGAAGGGGAGAAGUAUGAAGAAUUACCUCAGAUGCUGGGUUUCUGUCGGCCAGUGAUACCCUGGUGGUUAGUGGUAGGUGAAUUCACGACCUUGUUUCCCUUCCUCAUUGCGCUGCCCUGCAACAUCUUCAUGUACAUUAACAUCGUAAAAAUACUUAGUUCACGAUCAAUCUGUAAGGCAGAUGGUCAACAGCGUCUACCCCAGCAGGCUCUCAAAGUACGCAACCAAGUGGCCAAGAUGCUUAUCAUUAAUGGCAUAGUUUUCUUUCUCUGUCAAGCCACCAAUCAGUUCGUCACUGUCGCCUACAUGAUAUCGUUCGUCACCGGUGUCUCCAUCAAUGACACUUACGACCGCUGGGCCACUGUCAUCGACAUUGGUCGCAUUGCUGUCUUCGUCAACUCUGCUGUCAACCCUCUGAUCUACAAUGCAUCAAGCCCACACUACCGCGCCGCUUUUAAACAGGCAUUCAGCUGUUCAUCAAGCCAAUCCAAGAUAAAGGUAUCUACAGCCAACAAGCCCGAUGAAGCUGCUCACGGUAACGCUGGCAUCUCUCUAUCAAACCAAUCGUUGCCAUCUCGUAACAACCACAACCCACUAGCAGUCCAACAAACACAGGGUGAACAUCCAACAGUGAUACCACAAACCGAAGAAGGUAACAAUCUGGUUUUCCAUCAGAUCGAGGUUAAUAUUGGCGUUGAUAACAACGGUUUUCAGGUAUCACCUACCGAGAACGAAGUGCUGAAGACCAGUAUCGGCCCAUCGGGCGAGGAGUUAGACAAUGUCGUUGACGACCAGAGUAAGAAGAAUUCCUUUGAUCCGCAUCCGGAUGACGGCAGCAUUGCGGAAGCGUAACGGUCCGGGCAAUGCCAAAAGCAGUGGACAUCGGACAGAAGUAAAGUAGAUUCUGAUGUUCCAAACUGAUCUCCUGUAAUCUCCACUGGAAAAACCAUUUAUCAAAAUAAAAAAAGAGAAAAAUUAGUACCUUUUUCUCGCAAUGUCAUACCUGUCAUUUGAUAAAUAAUUAACUUUAUUCAUUCAAUCAAGUAUGUGGGGUCAGUUUAUUAUUGGUCCACCACCUGACUAAUUUAUCAAUGUUUAUGUUAACUUUUUUGCAUUAAAAUCCAAUCCUUUAUUUGAUCAAGCAUAUUUCAGUGUUUACUCCCACCCAUAUCUCCUUUCAAAAUGGUGUUGAUAAAGAAUUCUUGAAAGGGUUAUCUCUAACUAGAUUUCAAUAAGGAGCCAGGGUAUACACAUUUCGGAGUGAAAUCGGGGCUCUGCAUUCCUUACAGCUAAGCGGUAAGUUCCCACAAUUUUUGUCUUUUCUUCCAACUAUCGCGUUAUAGAAAAUGUUUGUCAUCCGUUCCCUAGAACAGGGAUGCGAGGUUAUGAGCUACCAAGCAUUCCAGUGUGACUACAAUAAAAUACCCUGUUAAAUGGGCCACGUGAUCAGUUUUAGGAGUUGUGUAAUGUGAUCUCGCGCCUCAACAGAGUUUUGGAUGAGAUUCUAUUACCAUUCCUGAACACUG